AUUUGAAUAAAUAUAAUCAUUUAGAUCAAGAUCUAUGUAGCUAACAAACAUUUUAUUCAAAAAAUUAAAACUAUAAUUUAUCAGAACAUUCAAUUAUAAACUCAAUUCAAAUGGAUUGCAAACAAGUUUUCUAAAAUUAGAUGAUAAAGAAACAGAUUUAGAGGAAGGAGUGUUGAACAGAACAUGAUUUUCUCAUCCUCAUCACUAUGUCCAAAUUUCAAACUAUGAAUCAACAAUUUUCCCGGAAAAGAAAAUUUCAGUGAGAAUUUUACUGCCAGCCAAACAAACAGAAAUGAGUACUCAUACCUUUCACCUGCUAUAAAAAUCCCGUUCCAUCGUCACUGUGAUUCAACAAGCUCAAUGGUCUCGGAUUUGGAGUGGAUGCACUGAAAAAAUUGAGAGAAAACAAGCAAUCAUUGAAUAACAAUGGAUUCCAGAGCUAUUUCCACUGCCUUUCUUGUGAAUUUCCUCCUCUUAUCCGCCGCAUCGGCUUUCAAUGUCACUAAGCUCCUUGGCCAGUUCCCUGAUUUCACCAAUUUCAACGAUUUACUCACACAAACCAAACUCGCCGAUGAAAUUAACAGCCGCUUGACUCUCACCGUCCUUGCUCUCGACAAUGGUGCCGUUUCUAGCCUCUCCGGCAAGCCAUUGGACGUCGUGAAGCGGAUCUUGAGCGUUCACGUUCUUCUUGACUACUACGAUACUAAGAAAAUUGCAACAUUGGCGAGCGAUAGUACUUCCGUUCUCACCACUCUGUUUCAGACCACUGGCAUCGCCAUGAAUCAGCAAGGUUUUCUCAAGGUUACGCUGACUAAUGAAGGCGAGGUUGCGUUCGGUUCCGCUGUGAAAGGAGCACAGGCCGAGUCGAAAUUGGUGAGAUCUGUUGCUGCUCAGCCGUACAACAUCUCUGUUCUUCAGAUUACUUCUCCGAUUCAGGUUCCUGGAAUCGAUUCCAAGCCAGGCCACUCCACUCCACUAGCACCACCACCGAAGGCGUCUGCUCCGGUCCAAUCUCCUAAAAAGGCACCGGCUCCGGCUGCCAAGUCUCCAUCAAAGGCUGAUGCUCCGGCCAGUCCUUCGCCAAAUCCCGCUGCCGAUUCACCGGCGAGCUCUCCGCCAAAGCCCGCUGCCGAUUCUCCAGAUGCGACCGAUGACGACGAUUCUGAUGCGGCUGCACCAGGACCUAGCGAUGAUUCUGGCGCCUCAAGCGGUAGGUUCAUCGGAGCUGCGACAGUUCUGGCGGUGAUCUCGUCGUUUCUGGCUCUCUGAGCGCUCAACAAAGCCAGUGCGGUCACACUUUGAAGGUUGAGUUGAAGGUUCCCCAAUAAUUUCAUUUGUAAUAGUUUAAUUAAAUAUUUC